AAUGGAAGUAAUGUAAGCUUUUUCCUGCUAGGUGGAUACACAGGGGAUAUCCACUCCAAUUCAAACCUGACCAAUAAGAAUGACUUAUUUGAGUAUCGCUUUGCCAAAGGACAGUGGGUGGAGUGGAAGUAUGAAGGGAGAAAACCAGUUGCUCGUGCAGCUCAUGGUGCAGCCGUGUAUGACUGGAAGUUGUGGAUAUUCGCGGGAUAUGAUGGAAACACAAGACUAAAUGACAUGUGGACAGUCCCUCUGAAUGGUGAACAAAGACAAUGGCAAGAGGUUGAACAAAGAGGAAAUAUUCCCCCCACCUGCUGUAACUUUGCCUUGGCAGUGGCCAGAGAUUCAAUGUUUGUGUUUUCUGGACAAAGUGGAGCCAAAAUAACAAAUAAUCUUUUCCAAUUUAAUUUCAAAGAAAAUGAAUGGACAAAGAUUUCUACAGAACACAUCCUGCGGGGUGCCCCUCCCCCUCCCGAGAAGAGGUAUGGACACACUAUGGUGGCCUUUGACAGACACCUGUAUGUGUUUGGUGGAGCUACUGGACAAACAUUACCCAAUGAACUGCACAGCUUUGAUCUGGAUUCACAGACCUGGUCCAUCACAGAACCUGCUCCUAACAGUCAGGUCCCUGCUGGAAGACUCUUCCAUGCUGCUGCUGUUGUGGAUGAUGCUAUGUAUGUUUUUGGUGGAACAGUGGAUAAUAUAGUCAGGAGUGGAGAGAUGUAUAGAUUUCAGUUUUCUAGAUACCCUAAAUGUACUCUUCAUGAGGAUUUUGGGAAGCUUUUAGAAAGUCAACAGUUCUGUGAUCUACACUUUAUUGUCGGCAAGGAUGGGACACGGGAGUGUAUAGCUGCACACAUUGCGUUAGUUGCUGCCAGGUCAUCGUGGUUAGCGGAGAAGAUACGUACUGCUAAAGAACAGCGUUACCUGGACGAGGCGACGAGCACCGACCCUAUACAGGUCAUCCUGCCUGAGGCAAACCCCACGGCACUGAAACUAGUCCUCUCCUACAUAUACACAGAUAAAAUUCUACCUACUAAAGAAGGUAGAAUUUGUCCUGCCCCCACAUGA